AUGUCCGCCCUCCAUGAUGCUCUCAAUGUCCUCCGCCCAAAAGACUUCUCAGAAGUCCCCCAGGAUGACCUGGCCGUCUUCUUGCGUGACAUCUUCGCCCAAGCAGAGCUGAUAGUCAACUCCGUACCGCCUCCACCUGGCGGCAAGGACUUCGCCUCCAGCAAACGCUCCCGCUCCGACUCCAAUGGUGCUACGCGCGCCUCAGAGAUCACCAGCUCCCCUGCUCGACCACCUCCGCUAGAUCCAUCGCACGAGGACUUGCAGAAGUCGUGGGGGAAGCCGUUGAAGCUGGGCCCGAGAGAGAACCCAUUAGGCAUUUCCGUGUACAAAAUGGCGGGGCACGACAGGCACGGGGCAUGGUUCGCGCGGAGGAGUAUACACGAAGGGCUGGGGUUUGCGAAGUGGAAGAAGGCGAUGCGGAGAGAGUUUGCGGAGAGCCUCGCUGUGCAAGGAGGCCCAGGAGCUGGCAGCAUAAGGGGAAUUGGCAGUGAUCAACGGCUGGAGAGGAAAGACGUAGAGGGGAUUGGGCGGAUGGAAGUCUACCAACUAUCCGCACAAUUCCCUGGACCUACGGCACCACGAGAAUUUAUCACCCUCCUUCUGACCUCGGAAAGCGCCCUCAGCGAUAAGUCUGCUAUAAAACAGUCUAUCCCUCGACAUUACAUGGUGGUCUCUAUACCCGUAACACACCCCGAUGCUCCACCCAGGAAUGGGUACGUUCGCGGCGAGUACGAAUCCGUGGAAAUGAUCCGCGAGGUUCCCCUAACGCCACAUAAACCCGAUGCCAAGACACGAGAAGCAGACAUGGAGCGAAAAGAAAAGGCCGCCGAUGAUGAUCCAGAGACAAACCCGGUAGAGUGGAUUAUGGUCACACGUAGCGAUCCGGGAGGCGGUAUACCGCGUUUCAUGGUCGAUAGAGGCACACCAGGCAGCAUAGCUGGUGAUGCUGUCAAGUUUCUUGACUGGGCUUGCGGAAAGGAAGAGAUACCAGACGAGGAUGCUGACGCUGGAGCGCAGGAAGCCGCGCAAGAGCUGAAGAAGCAGGACACCAACGAUGCCGCACAAAUCAACGGUCAUCCGGUUGGUAUUGAGGGCAAGUCUCCUACGCAAGCCUAUGAAUCCGCACCUCAGAAUGAAGGAGGACUCCUAGCAAACGCUCUGCCAUCUCUUAGCUCUGUUGCUGCCUACGCCCCGGCGGCCGUACAGAACUACCUCCCCGAAUCCCUUCAGCCUAAGAAUGACGGUGCAGAUGACGACGAUUCGUCGGACACGUCGAGCAUCGACUCAUUCACUUCAGUCGAGGAGUUCCGGACUGCUGAAGACAACAUCGCCACGCCUCGCGCCAGCCGCAUUGAAGACUCCACCGAUUCUCUCACCUCUAUUAACUCCAUAACCCCGUCCGCGAUGGACUCCCCCACAAGCGCCCGAACACAGCACGACAAGGAGCUCGAAAAGAUCGAAAAGAAAAAGGCCCAGCUCGACGAAAAGCUGCAGAAGUCGCGGCAGAAAGAGAUUGGCGAUAGCGAAAAAGCACACCAAAAGUACGAAGCCCAAGUGCGCAAAGCGCAAGAAAAGCACGACCGCGAGAUCGCGAAGCUCGAGGCGCGACGCCAAAAGGAAGCUGCACGGCUCGCUGCCAGGAAGCAGAAGGAGGACGAGAAGAACGCGCUCACCAAGACGCAGCGGGAGCGGGACGAGUGGAAGCUCAAGGCCGAGGUGUUGGGCCAGGAGAACAAGGUGCUGCAUGAGCAGGUCAAGGAGCUGCAGCGGGAGAAUACGGCGCUGGUGGCGAAGAUGGGGAAGAUGGGCCAGGGACCUGAGGUCAUAAGGCAGAUUAGGGAGGAGCUGGCGGGUGGAAGGAGUAGGGCGAGUAGUGGCGCUAGUAAUAGACCUAGUCCUAGUGUGAAGAGCAAGAGGAGUGCGGAGUUGUUGGGGGGCCAGACUUGA